GAACCGCCACAGCCUGCUACCCUCUAUCCCACCCCCCCCUCCCAUCCCCGUGUAUCCCCCUUCCUCUGCCAUGGCACCUGGCCUACCCCUCCUCCGUCCCUUUUCUCUUCCUCAAAAACCAGGUAGGGGAGAGGGAUGAUCCUCUCCCCACCCCCUUCCCCCAUCACUCCAGGUGGCUCCAAGGUGAAAUCCUGCCACCCUCCCCCUCCUCUUCCUCCUUUAAGAGCCCCUUCCCCACUGACUCAAGAGACAUGUGGUCCUAUUUCAACACAGGCCGAAGGGACUACAGCUCCUCUCUUUUCUCCCCCUCUCACCUGUUCAGCCAGCCCUCCCUCUACCCCCGUGACCGCUCCCUGACUGAGGGCAGACACAGGUACCUGGGCAAGAGGCCCAACGGGCUGGACGGGCCAGGCAGCAGGACUGCUUCUGCCUCUAGGGUGGCACCCCCCUCAGGAGAGUACAGGAACGAACCCAGCGGCAGUGCCAGGCUGGGCGGCAACCCCCACGGUUCCCAUGCCAACGGGAGACGGAGACACCAGGAGGUUCCCACAGGGCGUUUAGAGCUGUUUGCAGGUUUCCAAGCGCCACCUCCGGAGGGCCCUGACUCACAUUCCUCUCUGCAGGACAGGGAUCCCCGUGGGACGCCAAAGGCUGGGACCUCCACCCUGAUCCCCACCAGUCCCCAGCCCCAUGGGGCAGAGACCCGGGCAGGGAGAGGGGAGCUGCUGGACCCCCUUGGGGGCUCUGUGGCGGAGGCUCAUGUCUACUACUCACUGGCUUCUGUUUACUCCACCCUGCAGCCCAGCCAGCUCAGUCCCCAGGCCCAGGCUCAGCGCUACCCGCUGUACAGCCCCUCAGGCAGCUCUCUGUAUGGCUUGCACACAAUGAGGAACUCACAGCACUCAACCCAGGGGCAGCCCAACAGUCACAGCACAGAGAAAGACAGAGAACGAGAUAGACAACAAGAACAAGAGCGAGAAAGAGAGCAUGAAGGAGACAGAGACAUCAGAGAGAUAGACAAUAAAAGAGACAGAGAUAAAGACAGCAGAGAGCUCUCUCCUGGGCAGCACUACUCGCGUCCCCUUGCCUCCCCCUUCCUUCCCCACAUGACCGCCUCACCCCCUGCCCCCAACCACAUCCCCCCAGCGCUCCUACCUCACUUUGCCAAGGGUUCUCUGAUUGAGCUGGUGGGGGGUCGUUUGAAGCGUGUGGAAGAGCUGAGGACGGAGGACUUCCUGAGGAGUGCUGACACCUCCCCAGAGUUCCACCUGAGCACCUGCACCGUGUUGCUUAUCGCCCCCAGCAACAAACACGGCUUCAACCACCUGCAGGUCCUUCUCACAGACCGCAACACUCAGGAGUUACUGACGGUUCUGGUGGAGUACCCGUUCUUCGUGCGUGACCGCGGCUGGUCUUCCUGCUGUCCCCAGAGAACUGCCCAGCUCUACGGCCUGUCCUGCCGCCAGCUCAGCGAGGGAGACAUCUGCUUGGCCCUCACCCCCUUACACACAGGCACAGCCCCCCGAGGCCACAGGACACACACCCGGGCCAGGGCCAGGGCCAGCACACACAGGGAGGAUAUGCCCCCUCCUCUCCCUCCUCCUCCCCUUAGUCAUCCAUCUCCUGCUCUCGUCCCUCCUCCUCUCCCUCCUCCCCCUGCAGACCCCCCCACCCAGGAGCAGCCAUGCCCACGCAAGAGGCGAUGGUCAGCCCCCGACCUCCUCCCUCCCACCGGAACUACUGGGAUUGACAAGACCACCGAUUUACCUCACGGCUCCAAGCAGAGGAAGUGGCAGUAGAGCGCACACGCAAGCACAAAUACACCCUCCUUGUGUGAGACCACGAGGCAGGGUUGCAGGGAAGGACAAAGAACAGGCAACUUUAAGGAUGUCCACACUGCUGCCCAAAGCAUGAGCCCAUACCCCUCCUUCUUCAUCCCUCUUUUCCCAUCUCCCAAUUUCUGCUUAACACACCUCAGACAGGGGCAACAGUCUGAGGGGCAACAGUCUGAGGGGCAGCGGUCUGAGGGGCAGCGGUCUGAGGGGCAGCGGUCUGAGGGGCAGCAGUCUGAGCUUCACAUUGACAGUAUGAGAUGUUUAGUGAGAAUCAAGCACUUGUUUGUGUUCACUCUGUUUUCAUAAUGGUUGUCCCACACCCUUACAUACUGACAGUGUUUUCUGCAGGGUAUCGAUUUUCAAUCAGUAUGAAAGUAAACUGUAUUAAAGAAGUCUAUCACAGAUACUGUAUAUACAGUGCCCUCGGUAAUUAUUGGGAAAGCGACAAUUUUGUUGUUGUUUUGGCUCUGUACUCCAGCACUUUGCAUAUGAAAUGAUACAAUGACUAUGAGGUUAAAGUGCAGACUGCCGCUUUAAUUUGAGAGCAUUUUAAUCCAUACCAGGUGAACCGUUUAGAAAUUACUGCGCUUUUUGUACAUAGUCCCACCAUUUUAGGGGACCAAAAGUAUAUAUUCACUUAUAUGCAUUAAUGUAGUCAAAGGUUUAGUAUUUGGUCCCAUAUUCCUUGCACGCAUCAAGCUUGUGACUCUACAAACUUGUUGGCUGCAUUUGCUGUUUGUGCCCAAUAGAAAUGAAUGGUAAAUAAUGUAUUGGGUCAUUUUGGAGUAAUUAAGAAUAGAAUAUGUUUCUGAAAACUUCUACAUUAAUGUGGAUGCUAACAAGAUUACAGAUAGUCCUGUAUGAAUCGUGAAUAAUAAUGAGUGACGCACAAAUAUCAUACCCCCAAGACAUGCUAACCUCUCACUAUUACAAUAACAGAGGUUAGCAUUUUAUAUCAUACCCCAAGACAUGCUAACCUCUCACUAUUACAAUAAGAGGUUAGCAUUUUAUAUCAUACCCACAAGACAUGCUAACCUCUCACUAUUACAAUAACAGAGGUUAGCAUUUUAUAUCAUACCCCCA